AUGGAAGAGGAGGAGUCAAGUGAAGAAGAGGAUGAGCUCCCCAUGUACCAAGAGCACUAUGAUGCUCUUUUCUCCAUGGACUUCAUGGACACCAAGUACCCACAUGUUGACACCAUGAAGGCCCUUGGAAUCUUUGAAGAUGUGGAGUUGGUCCUCAAGAACAUGCACUUGGCCAAGCUCUUCUCCUACCACAUGGAAUCCUACAAGGAGCUCACUUGCGAGUUCCUAGCUUCAAUGAGGUACCACAUGUAUGAGGAAGAAGAUAGAGCUGAUUUGGACCAAGGAUUGGGAUGGAUCACGUUCUUGGCUAAGGGAGAGAAGAGAAUGGUGACCUUUAGGCAGCUGGAAAUCUUGUUUGGGUUCAACUAUGGAGAGGGAACCAAGUGGAACUUCAAGGAAAAGGAACUCCAAAGGGUUUGGGCUACAAUCGCUGAUGGAGUGUACUCUUCCUCAAGGUCCAAGGCAGCUCAGAUCAGGAGCCCAGUCUUGAGAUAUGUGCACAAGGCACUUGCCAACACCUUCUUUGCAAGGAAGGCAACCGGGACAAUCAACGAGGGGGAACUCAAGUUUCUUGACAUGGGAAUCAAGCCCCUUCUCUCACGCACAAGCGAUGGCAAGAGGAUAAGGGGAGAUAGGUCUGACACAUGGAACUUGAUGCCUUUCCUUGACCACCUCCUCACCUACAAGAUCACGGCUUACAACACUAGGCACCAAAGAGGAAGAAAGCUUAGUAUUGGAGGGCUCAUCACACCUAUCUUGUGUGCUGCUGGAGUAAACCCAACUGAUAGGAGAGCUACUGAACCAGGUUGGAUGGACAUCAAGUUCUGCAAGACCAACCUCCUCAUUGAGCACAAGGAGUUAGAUGGGAGGUUCCAAUUCAAGUUCACACAUCCAUUGGUUGGACCCUCCAAGUUUCUCCUGCCUAACCCAGAGCUCACCACAGUUGUAAGGGGUGAGAACAUUGAUUUUAGACCCCCUGGGUACACAUUAGUUGGGCAUGAGGAUGAUCUGCGAGAAGAGGAGCCUGAGCUCGAUCGAGCUGAUCGAGCUGAGGGUCGAGUUGACCUGGAGGAGCCCCUGUUUGAGAACCCUGGAUUCGAGUACGAUCCAACCCAGUACCAGGACUUCUCCUCAGACCAACUGGACCCCUACAACCGCUUCGAGCAAGCACAGCUCCACCAAGGCCAAGGAAGCCACACACUUUCAACGAUGAAGAAGAAGAGGAAGAGGAGCCGCAAGCUCGAUCGAGUGAGCCAAGAGGCAACCCAGUUGCAUGGAGUGCUCCUGAUGGCCGUCUACCAUCUCCAGACCACGACCUAG